UCACGUUCCGAAGGAGGAAAAGGAAAGGGACUCCAAGUCCCAGCACGAUCCCGGCUUCAAACUGUGGAUUGGUUCUCCGUUUGCGUCUCACCACGGCAUGGUGAGGACGCGGGAGUGCAGGUGAGAGAGACCCACAGAUCCCGUGGUAUACGCGCGCAUCAAAAGUAGUGGGAGGUGGAGCGACGCAUACAGCAUUCUGGGAGUUGUAGUCCUCUACUCAAGUGCCUUCCGAGCCUGACUGGAGUUUUGCGCAGGAGCAAUGAACCGCCCAAGGUGAUUGGCUGUCCCGAAAACAUGACUAGUAUUCGCGGACUUGGGCGGAGACCCACAAGGAGACUGGGCGGGACUUCAGGCAGGAGGAGGCGGGGCUUCUGGGUGUUGGGCGCGAGCAGUUUGAAAGACAGUUGGUGUUGGUUCGGCUGCUAAGGUCCGAUUCCGCAGUGCCAGCCCUGCUCAAUGGCAGACCCUGAGGAGGUGCGGAUUUCUUCGCCGCCCCCGCCGCCUCCUUCCUCUCCCUCGUCUUCAGACGCCUCGUCAGCAUCUUCCCCCGGCGUUCCAGUGAGUUUGGGCUGGCCAGUUGCGAGCAGGAGCAGCGGCCGAACGGUGGACCCUCUGGAGGAAGUAGAGCUGCAGAUUGGAGACGCAGCAUUUUCACUAACCAAACUUCUUGAAGCCAUAUCUGCAGUAUCAGCUCAAGUAGAAGAGCUUGCCUUCAAAUGUACAGAAAAUGCACGUUUCCUUAAAACAUGGCGGGACCUCUUGAAAGAAGGCUAUGAUUCUUUGAAGCCUGACAACUGAUUUGGCUGUGUAAUAAUUCAUACGUCCUCAUUUAUGAUGUUUGAACGUGGUAUCAGGUUGUCUCCAGCAGUUCUGUGUAUUCAGAAUGAAAUUUUCUGAGUGGUUUUUUCACUUUUGUGAAAGCAGAAUACCGAUGCUAUUUUUGAUUCUGGCCAAUAUUUAUCUUUAAAUACUUUCUGUCCUCUAAACUUCCAUAGACUCUUUUAUGAAAGUUAAUUUCAUCAGUAGAUAAUGUUAAUAAUGCUACAGUGUGAUCAAACUGAAAGGCUACGCUUCCUGGGCCAUUGGACUGUCUGUGGCAGAUUUGGCAGAAAGUAUAAUGAAGAAUCUUAGGCGGGUGCAUCCAAUUUCCACCAUGAUUAAGGGUCUCUAUGGAAUUAAAGAUGUCUUCCUUAGUGUCCCUUGCAUCUUGGGACAGAAUGGAAUUUCAGAUGUUGUGAAGGUGACUCUGACUCCUGAGGAGGAGGCCCGUUUGAAGAAGAGUGCAGAUACACUUUGGGGGAUCCAAAAGGAGCUGCAGUUUUAAAGUUUUCUAAUGUACCACUUCACUGUCUAGACUACAACAGGAUUUUAGUUGGA